AUGGGGGCCACAGAUGAUUAUGAUGGUGGUGGUGAUGAUGCCAUGCUCUAUCGCAACAUGGCCCACCAUCGCCUGCAGAUUGAACGAGCCCGUCGCACCGCUGCUGCUGCUGCUGCCGCCGCUGCUGCUGGCGCUGCUGGCACUGGUGCUGGUGCUGGUGGUGCUGGCGCUACAGCCGGUGCUACAGCCGCCUCCGUCUCCUCCCCCACUGGCAGCUCCAGCAGCAGCACCCGAGCCUGGGACCCAGGCUCGGUGGAAGGGGCAGGCUUGGCAGUGGGUGCCAGGGCUGGUUUGGGAAGAUAUGGUUCGGGAUCAGGGAGAGGCGUGGGAGCAGUGGGAGGAGGGCCGGGUGCAACUGGUGCUGCGAUGGGUGCUGCGAGCAGCCAUGGCUCCACGGUCUCUCCCAGGCUCUCUCCUUCAAGGGCGGAUGAGUUGGGAGUGGAUCUGGAGGAGCUGUUGCUCAUGGAGGCCAUCUGGCUCUCGCUGCAGGAUCAAGAGGAGGCAGCUCGCCGCGCAUCAGCUUCAACACCAGCAGCAGCUGCAGCAGCAGCAUCAGCAGCAGCAUCAGCAUCGGCAUCAGCGGUUGCCACUGACACAACUGCAGUAGCUGCACCAAGGCUGGUAGAGGCCGUCCCUGAAGCAGUAGCAGCCAGUUCUGGGGCACCAGAGGCAUUGCCAGCAGCAGCACAAGGUGCAGGUGCUGCAGUAGCAGCAGCAAGUGCAGCGUCAGAUUCUGCUGCAGCAAGCUCUGAUGUGGGUGGGGGGAGUCCGAGUGAUAUGCAGGGCCCUUCACAGGCAUCUGUUGCAGCAGAGGCUCAGCAGCAGGAGGGGGUGCAGCGACAACAGGACAAUUUGCAUGAUGAGGAGGUGAUUGAGAGUUUUCUCAUGCGAGGGAUUGGUGGUGGUGAAGGUGGUUUGGGGGACGGCAGUGAGAGCACUACUCGUGCUGCUGUGGCUGUAGCUGCUGCUAGUGGUGGUGCAGAGGGGGGGCAAGGAGAAGCGUCUUUGGUUGUUCCCGAUGAUUUUGAAGGGCAAAUGCGCCUUGCGUUGGCACUUUCCCUUCUGGAAGCGGAACAGGCAGCUGCUGCGAGCAGGGGAGAGUAG